UUCGCCUCCGAUGAUGAAGAGCGUCUUAUGAUGGAUGUGUUCCGUGGUUAUAAUUCACUUAUUCAGCCAGUUAAGAAUAUCAGUGACACACCUGUUAUUGUUAAAGUUGCUUUACAACUUGCUCUACUCAUUAAUGUUGACGAGAAGGAUCAAAUAAUGCACACAAAUGUCUGGUUGACGUUGAAAUGGCAUGACUUCCAAAUGCGUUGGAAUCCGGUGAAUUACGGUGAAAUCAAAGAGAUACGAGUGUCACCUGAUAAAGUUUGGCUGCCAGAUAUCGUUCUCUUCAACAACGCCGAUGGGAACUAUGAAGUUUCAUUUAUGUGUAACGUUGUCAUAAAUUAUCUUGGCGAUAUGCUUUGGGUACCACCGGCACUCUAUAAAAGUUCUUGUAUUAUAGACGUGGAGUUUUUUCCGUUUGAUGAACAAGUGUGCACAUUAAUGUUCGGCUCGUGGACUUACAGCGAGAAAGAGAUUAAACUUGAGUUCGAACAGGCUGAAUGGGUGGAUCUGUCCGAAUAUGCGCCGUCCUCCAUUUGGGAUGUGAUCGACGCGCCCGCGUCGCUAGUGAAUAAGAGGAGUCGGAUUGAGUUUCAGGUCAGAAUACGGCGUAAAACGUUGUUCUACACAGUCGUCCUAAUCAUUCCAACGGUUAUGAUGGUAUUUCUAAGCAUGGCUGUCUUCUUUCUUCCAACUGACUCAGGCAAAACUGCGGAAGACAGAGAUUUGAGGAACAGCACAGAAUUAUUUGCAGGAGAAAAAAUCACGCUGACAACCUACGUUCUGCUCUCUAUCGUCGUAUUCCUUCUACUGGUGUCAAAGAUUCUUCCACCAACCUCUAGUACUAUCCCACUCAUGGCGAAAUAUCUUUUGCUUACAUUUGUACUCAACGUCAUAACAAUCUUAGUUACCGUCAUCAUUAUUAACAUCUACUUCCGCAGUCCGAACACAUACCGUAUGCCGACAUGGGUGCGGAAACUUUUCCUCGAGUGGAUGCCUUUUGUAAUGUGUAUGCAACGACCGAAAUCGACUUCUCGAAAACAUGCCAAUAAGCGAAAAGGCGUCGCCCAGUUACCAGGGUUGGGGGCGUUCACUCUCAAUCCGGCUACUCAUCAUCCGUUUUGUCCAAGUGCCGACGAUAGAGCUACAUCCUCCAACAUAUUUGAUGGCACCAGCGAAAUUAUUCAAGAUCCAACCACGUCUGUGUACUACCCUUUGUCUGUACACGCAUUGCAAGCUAUUGAUGCUAUCGAAUACAUUGCCGAAUACCUAAAACAAGAUGAAGAGUACAAAAUUUAUCGUGAUGAGUGGAAAUUUGUGGCCAUGAUUAUCGAUCGAUUACUUUUGUACGUGUUCUUCGGUAUCACCGCUGGUGGAGCAUGUGGAAUUCUAUUCAGUGCACCGUACGUAUUUCAAGGUAAUCAGCCGGUGCUACAGAUUAGAACAAAAAUCUGGAAUGGGAUACUUAAUUGCCGCUCUUUCGUUUUCCACAAGGCUACAGAUAGGCAGGCGUAUAGAGUGUAG